UUCACUGAGAAUUGCUACCUUCGACGGGUGCCUUGUUACUGUGAGUCGUUCGGUUGAGAACGGAGCAUAUAAGGAUGUUUGCACAACGCACAACUAAUACUCCUCUGAUGAUUGCAAGCUACAAGGGCCACCUAGAUGUUGUUUCCUAUCUUGUCGAACGUGGCGCAAAUACAGAGCUGCAGGACAACAAUGGAGACACAUGUCUUCACUUUGCCGCGAGGUGGGGAAAUGUCGAGGUAGUUGGCAAGCUGCUCGCCUUAGGAGCGAAACAGAAGAGGAAUCUUAAAGGUCUAACGCCACUUCUCGAAACCAGUACCGAUUGUAAAGUUGAAAUGGUGGAGCAUUUCAUCAUCCAACCAGAAUGUACGAAGGAACAGAGGAUCGAUGCUCUUGAACUUCUGGGUGCCACCAUUGCUAAUGAUCGUGCUACUCAAAACAUUGAAAAAGCAUUUGGUUACAUGGAGCGUGGAAUGAAAAUGAGGUACGAAGACCACGCUCAUCCAUUGCUUAAAAUGGAAACGAAACCAGUGAAGGCUUAUCAAAAUAGAAGAGAAAGUCAAACUCUUGAGGAACUUGACCUGUUAAAAGGUGAUGAUCAUGCCGUCCGAAUGGAGGGACUUUUAAUCCGAGAGAGAAUCCUUGGGACUGAAAAUACAAUGCUGCUAGAUAACAUCAGAUACAGUGGAUCCGUGUUUGCAGAGUCUCAGCAGUUUGAGGUUUGUAUUGGUUUAUGGAUACGAGGAAUGGAGUUAGCCAUUAACGGAGAUAUUCCAGUGGCAGAAGAUGUCGGUAAAUGUACAAAUUUGUUUGUAGAAAUGGUACAAGGAGGUCACCCACUAGGAUCCAAAAUCAUAGAAGAGGUCAUUGAAAAACUAGUCGAUGCAAAUGAAAAACUAUUUGAUGCAAAUGAAAAACUGUCAGGGAAGUUACGAUCUGGAAAAUCGCAAAAGAGCCAUGAAAAAGAGGAACAAGAAACAUUGCUUUUUUAUGCUCUCGAUCUGUUGAUGAUAUACAUCAAAGUUAAAGAUCCCCUGGAAAUGAAAAAUUCCGCCAUAACCAUCUGUCUCCAGAGAUUUCUACGUUUAAACCCACGCACCCGUGAUGGGAAUACACUUCUGCACUUGGCUGUGCGGCAAGCAACUCCCUCUGUUGCGCUCAUCAAAGUAAUUUUACUUGGGGGUUCUGAUGUGAAUGUCGUGAACGAAGAGGGAAAUACACCUCUUCAUUUUGCUGUGACUCUCAAACCGGAACCUGAAGAAAUGGAGACGUUAAAGGAGAUUUUGGAAUUGUUUUUAGUUAAUGGCGCAUUCACAAAGCUUGUAAACACCAAUUAUCUCUCAGCUAUGGACUGCUGUGAGACUAUGGACGCCCGCAUGAUUCUGCUCGGGAAAAGUAGACAGAAUGCCAUGGAAGUCAAUGCCAAUGAUGAAGUAACUGGAAGUGAUGUUACUAAAGAAAGAGGAGGAAAAUCUGUUUUUGUUACAGAGAGAACCCUGCGUGAGAACUCUGAAAUAGAAUCUUCAGCAAAGGAAAUAUCAGGAAAAUUGAGGGAGGUGACACAGGAACUGGAAAACGUUCAACACCAACUAAGAAAAAAGGAGAGACAACUAAGAAAGAGAGGUGGAGAACUUAUGGAGAAGAUGCAGCUGCUGACACUUCUCCAAGAGGGGCUUAAAGAAAGAGAUGGGCAACUAACAGAAAGUCAUGGACGACUGAGGAAGAUGGGAAAGGACUUGACAUAUGUCCGGAGGAAGCUACAAGAAAAAAAUGAAGAAGUUAGUCAUUUAGGAGGACGGCUGACGGCGAAACAGCACGAAAUAGACCAAUUGGAGGCGUCUUGUUCAGAAUUUCAGAGGGCAUUACAUUUGGAACGUUCACGCCAUCAGAACCCUGAUUGGGUCAUUUCACGCGAUCAGAUUCAGCUGACCGACAAAUGCCUUGGUAAGGGUGGCUGGGGAACAGUUGUCGAAGGCAAGUACUGCGGCUGUGCUGUAGCCGUCAAACAGAUGCACGACGCGAUCCUUUCUGACUAUAACCGCGGAUUGUUUAAGCGAGAGAUGAACAUUGCCGCCAGAUGUCGCCAUCCUUGUUUGUUACAGUUCAUUGGAGCAACAAACGAUGAAGGAAAUCCUUUGUUCGUAACAGAGCUCAUGAAAUCAAGUUUGCGAGCAUUGUUAAAGCAGCGAUCUCUCCAGUCAGCUGAAGUGUUUGUUAUUUCUCUGGAUGUGGCUCGAGCAUUAAACUACCUUCAUGAAAAGAGACCAUCCCCCAUCAUUCACCGUGAUAUUAGCAGUGCCAAUGUGUUGCUGUGGCGAGAAGAUCACCAAUGGCGAGGCAAAGUGUCAGAUUAUGGCACGGCUAAUUUCAAGGAAGACAGCAUGACGGCUUGUCCUGGUUCUAGGAUAUACAGUGCUCCCGAAGCACUUACUGAGACUCAAACUGUGAAACUUGAUGUGUACAGUUUUGGGGUUCUUCUCUGUGAGAUUUGUAUCCGGGAACAACCAGAACCUGAAAGGCGUAGCGAGCAAGUUGCCAUGGUGAAUAACAGAGAACUCCAAGCUCUGAUCCGGAGAUGCCUGAGUCGAACUCCUGAAAAGAGACCAAGUAUGGAAGACAUCAUUGGAUACCUGGAGCAACGAAUGCUCAAUUGGUUUUGACAAGUUCUGCUCUUAUAUACACGCUUGCAGUCGAAAAGAAAAGCAACACGUACACCUUGGCCUCUUUAAAAGGGCUUUUUUAUGGCACAAAUGCUAAAGUGAUACCUAAUCUCAUUUUUCAGUAAUUGCAGAUUUUAGUUGGACAGAAGUGUUCGCGCCUUUAAGUAUGUGUAUCUGAUCGCCGCAACCAUCUCCCAAUAGCUUUUUUAGGUUGGGUCGCCGUCAGUCCGUUGCAGAAGUUGUUUCAGGUAUAGAUAGGGAAGAGGUAUUAAGACUAGUAGCAUUUUUUGCGACUACUCAGCGGCUCUUAGUGGUAGAAUUGACGCACAGUCUUCAUGCAGUUUUCAUAUCUUUUGGAAAUGUCAAAUGCAAGUAUAAUUUGGCAUGUAGAAGACUUUAAAAAAGCAUCUGAAGUGCCAGUAAAAAGUGAAAUUCCUUCUGAAAUAGCGGACAGGAAACUUGUUUUUCUACAUAAUCUGGAUAUAUCAACAAAGUUGAAGUGGUAAAUUGGCCACCGUAACGAUCAAAAAAGCUGACGUUUCGAGCUUUAGCCCUUCGUCGGAGCGAAUAGAGGAAUUGUGGGUUGUGUGUGCUUUUAAAAGCACGAAAGAUUUUUCUACACCUUGAGCCUAGACGGCAAAUCGUGACUGAAUACGAACGACUUCGGAUUUUGUAAUGCAGGUCUGUAACAAAGCACCUUAGCAACGAUAAUUUGAUAUGAUCGAUUAGCAAUUUUUUUCUGAAUUGCAUUCCACAUGUAAAGUGUAAACUAAGUAUAAUAUGCAGUUGGUAGACCCACACUGGGUAUGAAUUCUAGCGUGAUGAUCACGGUAUAUAAUAUGAUAUGCGGGUGUGAGAAAAUAAUAAUCAAUAUCCUAUUGAUUAACCAUAAGAGUGAAUGAUGUAGCUAAUGUUUCUUUUUUUUACUGGGAUUGAUUCUGGCCUUUCGAUCGUUGUUAGAGGUUAUGAAAAGACCUGAGACUACUGUUUGAUUAACAUGUAAUGUCAGUAUUAGGAUCAUAUGUUAUACUAUUGUGUGCAUUCAAAUUAGAUAAAUCGUCUAUAAGUAGCAAAUACAUUGUUGGCUUAAUAAUGCACAGCAGUAAUAUUCCACGAUGGAAAUUAUUAA